GAGAGGGCGGGGCUGAUUCAUGAGUGACGGGACACUGCGGCCUAUGGCGGGAGAGUGGGCGGGGCUGCUGCUGGUUGCUGAGUGACGGCGCCUGUCCCUUCCCAUAAUCCCAUGCGCUACGUGAGACGGUGACCCGGAAACACCGCCCCGCCCCUUCCUGUACACAGAGCUCCGCCCCCGGUCUCCUCCAGAUAGAACGUCUGUCUGAGAUGGAGGCAGAAGAUAUAUCUGGAGAAGAAGAGACGUAUGUGACUGAUAUGAAGGCAGAAGAUAUAGAGGAAGAAGAAGAGACAUAUGUGACUGAUAUGAAGGCAGAAGAUCUAGAGGGAGAAGAAGAGACGUAUGUGACUGAUAUAAAGGCAGAAGAUAUAGAGGGAGAAGAGGAGACGUGUGUGACUGAUAUAAAGGCAGAAGAUACGGAGGGAGAAGAAGAGGAGACGUAUGUGAGGGGUGAUCAGCAGUGUAAGGAGGAGGAAAUCCCUACAGAUAUCAGCACAGCAGAUGGACACACAAGCAGGAAUAUCUCAGAAGGACAUCUAAUGUUAUCCCCGGACUGUGACAUAAAAGAUAAUGACAGUAGACAGGAUUCUCCAGGAGAUAAUCCCAUUACCCCAGUUAUACAUCCAGCUCUAUCCGUUGAUCCCUCUGAUCCUGGGGAAUGUUCUCCUGAUCACUCUGAUAUUGGUGCAUCUGUUCCAGCUCCGACAGUAGAUACAGAGUUUCCCUGUUCUAUAGAUGCCACAUGUUUUACACAGAACACAAAGCGUAUUACCCAUCAGCCAGCUACGGCAGACGAGAGGCCAUUUCCAUGUUCUGAGUGUGGGAAAUGUUUUACACGGAAAUCAAAUCUUUUUACACAUCAGAGAUGUCACACAGUUGAGAAACCAUAUUCAUGUUCUGAGUGUGGGAGAUGUUUUACAUACAAGUCGUAUCUUGUUAUACAUCAGAGAAGUCACACAGGUGAGAGGCCAUAUCCAUGUUCUGAACGUGGGAAAUGUUUUACACGGAAAUCAUAUCUUUUUAGACAUCAGAGAAGUCACGUAGGUGAGAAGCCAUUUUCAUGUUCUGAGUGUGUGAAAUGUUUUACAGAGAAAUCAAAACUUGUUGUACAUGAGAGAAGUCACACAGGUGAGAAACCAUAUUCCUGUUCUGAGUGUGGGGAAUGGUUUGCGUAUAAAUCAACUCUUGAUGCACAUGAGAGGGGUCACACAGGUGCAUCACCAUUUUCAUGUUCUGAGUGUAGGAAAUGUUAUACCCAGAAAUCAGCUCUUGUUAUUCAUCAGAGAAGUCACACAGGUGAGGGGCUAUUUCCAUGUUCUGAGUGUGGGAAAAGUUUUGCACAGAAAUCAGAUCUUGUUGCACAUCAGAGAAGUCAUACAGGUGAGAGGCCAUUUUCCUGUUCUGAGUGUGGGAAAUGUUUCACACAGAGAUCAAAUAUGAUUAGACAUCAGAGAACACACACAGGUGAGAAGCCAUUUUCCUGUUCUGAGUGUGGAAAAUGUUUUUUAAGUAAAGUCUGUCUUGUUAGACAUCAGAGAAGUCACACAGGUGAAAAGUCGUUUUCAUGCUCGGAGUGUGGGAAAUGUUUUUUACAGAAAUCAGAUCUUGUUAGACAUCAGAGAAAUCACACAGGUGAAAAACUAUUUUCCUGUUCUGAGUGUGGGAAAUGUUUCUUAAGUAAAUCAAAUCUUGUUACACAUCAGAGAAGUCACACAGGUGAAAAGCCAUUCCCAUGCUCCGAGUGUGGGAAAUGUUUUUUUCAGAAAUCAGAUCUUGUUAGACAUCAGAGAAGUCACACAGGUGAGAAGCUAUUUUCCUGUUCUGAGUGUGGGAAAUGUUUUUUAAAUAAAGGACAUCUAGUUACACAUCAGAGAACUCACACAGGUGAGAAGCCAUUUUGCUGUUGUGAGUGCGGGAAAUGUUUUGUAAGUAAAUCAAAUCUUGUUACACAUCAGAGAAGUCACACAGGUGAGAAGCCAUUUCCUUGUUCUGAGUGUGGGAAGUGUUUUUUAAGUAAAGCACAUCUUGUUAGACAUCAGAGAAGUCACACAGGUGAGAGGCCAUUUCCAUGUUCUGAGUGUGGGAAAUGUUUUUUACGUAAAGCACAUCUUGUUACACAUCAGAGAACUCACACAGGUGCAAAGUAAUUUCCAUCCCCAGAGUGUGAGAAAUAAAUCCGCUCUUGUUGAACAGAUUAGACAUUACUCAAGUGAGGAACCAUUUUAAUCUUCUGGAGUAUAAUCAUCAUUGUCAUGCAUUGUUCCUCAAGGUGCUGUCCUAUCUCCUAUACUUUUUGCAAUCUACAUGCUACCACUGGCCUUCCACUGCUAUGCAUAUGACUUGUCUUUUGCUCCAUCUACUGAGAACCCAACACUAAUCCUAAAUGGGAUGGUAAUGAUAUCCCAGUGGACGGAAUGCCGGCUGUACAUAUACCAACAGCGGCAUUCCUACUGGCAGAGGGGCAAGCGCAAAGAGUUCCCUUGCGGGCUCCCUGAGCUGGCCACGCUGCCGGCGCAGUCCCUUGCUGCGCUCACCACAGGUUUUAUGCCCACUCUAUGGCUGUUGUGGACACUUACAAGUGAGAAUAACAGGCGAGUGCUGUCGACAUUCCCGGCUGUUGGGAUUUCAGCGUCGGGAUCCAGAACGCCAGGAUAUUAACUACAUCCCACCCUAAAUGGUUGUCUAGCUAAGCUCCAGGGGUGGAUGAUGCUAGUUGGCUGUGACUCAGUCUUAGUGAAACAUAAUAGAAGCUCACCAACAAAGGACAAGACUACAGCUUUGCCAACCAUCUGGACUUAAGCUUUGGUCUUCAGAGUUACAAAAUGCUGAUCAUGUGUGGAAUCUUUGUGUUGUCCUGGAUUGUGGCUGACACAGACAUCAGGUAUCCGCCACAUUCAAAUCCUCGUUCUUUCAUCUGAGGAACAUAGCCAGACUCCAGCACUUGAUUCCCUCAGAAGAUCUGCCUACAGUCAUACAUGCACUUGUAUCAUCACACAUAGACUACUGCAAUGUCCUCUACCUGGGUCUCCCAGCAAAAGAAUUGCACCACUUGUGGCUUGUACAGAAUGCAGCAGCCAGGCUGUUCACCCAUUCUCUACUCCCUCCACUGACUGCCUGUAAGAUGGGAAAUCUAUUUCAUAAUUGGCUUAUUGACUUUCCCAGCCCAACAUGAAAUGGUCCAAGGUACCAGAAGCAGCUUCUGCCUCCUUACUGCCUCGCUUGUUUAUUUCUGCAGAUAAAGGACUGUUACCAGCAGUACCAGGAAACUCCCAUAAUGCAGUUGGGGGUCAAACUUUUAGCUUUGUAGCCCUGACCAUAGAACUUGCUGCCUCACACAGUCCAAGAGACCUCCACUCGAUGGAGACUUUCACAAACAGGCUGAUGACUGGCCUGUUACUCAUUUCAUUAAUGCACCUCUAGUUCUUACAUAUAUCCCACAUGCUUAGUCCUUUGGUCAGUUGUUUAUUUUGUAUCUUGUGCUUUGUGUGAUGUGUAAUGCCAGUCUGUACUAUCUAUAUUGCAGCAUGACAAUAUGGCGGCCAUAGGAACGUGUUUCCACUUCUAAUUUCCCAUUCUUAUCUGAUCAUCUUGAUGAUGAGUGUUGAUGGAUACAAGAUCCUAUCCAUAUAUACAUUACCAUUUGCAUUAGAGUCACCCGGGUUCCAUCUGCAGUGGUUUGUUGUAUGUUACAUCUAUAUGGUGCAGAUACUCCCCUGUAUGAUUUCAUAAUAAAAGCUUUUGUUUGCAGCUUA